AUGACUUGGAAUGUCAACAAACAGGUAGAGGGAGUAGUUCGCGUGGCGGUUGUGCGGCUUAUAAGGGUGAUACUAGCUCUUACUCCAGCGCUUGCGUUGCUCAGUACAGCGUACGAAGUGCUGUUUUAUCUGGCUCUUUGCAGCGCUCUCGUUAGCUGGUUGAUGAUGGAAGCAGAGGUGUGUAUUACCGAAGGGGUUUCCAUAACUCGUGAGGUACAGCGAGCCUUGAUGCUUUUACUGUUUGCUCAAGUGUCAUUCUUUGGUACCAAUAGCGUGGCCAGCAUGACAAAUUUCCAGCUUCGAUCAAUUCGACGCUUCUCACCCGAGUCUACUCCAUUCAUGGCGUCUGCACUUGUCAUAUUGAAGCUCUCGAUCCCUUUUGCUGUUGUCGGGUGUGCAUUUCGUCUUAUCCUGCUACUACCGUCUAGAGUUGUCUCCAUGCGAGAAAAGGGUCAGUUUGGUAUCUACGUUAUCUCCUCAUCGCAAUGUCGUUUGUGGAUAUGA